AUGGAGUUUUUAAAAUUAAUAUUGUUUCUAAUAAUUUUUUAUAUAAUCCAUAAUACUUAUAUUAAAUUUAAAAAAAUAAAUAAAAAUGAAUUAAAAGGACCAAUUCCAAUUCCAAUUUUAGGAAAUUUAUAUCAACUUACAAGUGGUUUACCACACAGAGAUUUAACUAAAAUAUCUGAAAAAUAUGGUGGAAUUUAUAGAUUUUGGUUUGCUGAUUUAUACACUGUUGUAUUAUCUGAUCCAAUUUUGAUUAGAGAAAUGUUUGUUAACAAUGGUGAUUAUUUCCUAGACAGACCAAAAAUACCUUCAAUAAGACAUGCAACUCAUUAUCAUGGUAUUGCAACAUCUUCUGGUGAAUAUUGGUUAAAAAUUAGAGAUAUAAUUAAUAAAGCAAUGAGAAAAACCAAUUUAAAAUUAAUUUAUGAUUCAUUAGAUCAACAAGUUGAUAAUUUAAUUGAAUCAAUGAAUAAAAUUGAAAGUGAUGGACAAGUAUUUGAACCACGUAUUUAUUUUAAAAAAUAUACAAUGGCAGCAAUGUAUAAAUUCAUUUUCAAUGAAGAAAUAAAUUUUAAUAAUGAAAUAUCUGAAUUAAUUGGGCCAAUUGAACAAGUUUUCAAAGAUUUAGGAAGUGGUAGUUUAUUUGAUGUUUUAUUAAUAUCAAGACCAUUAUAUUAUCAAUGGAUUGAACAUACUGAUAAAAAUUAUCCAAAAAUUUUAAAUUUUUUAAAAAAAAAAUAUCAUCAACAUUUAAAAACUUAUAAUCCAGAAAUUCAAAGAGAUUUAUUAGAUUUAUUAAUUAAAGAAUAUUAUAGUGGAAGUGAUGAUGAUAUUUUAACAAUUAUUGCAACUAUAAAUGAUUUAUUUUUAGCUGGUACUGAUACAAGUAGUGCUUCAUUAGAAUAUAUGGUUAUGAUGUUAGUUAAUUAUCCAGAAAUUCAAGAGAAAGUAUAUGAUGAAAUUAAAUUAACUGUUAACGGUAGAAAUAAAGUUUUAUUAUCUGAUAGACAAUUUACACCAUAUACAGUUUCAUUUAUUAAAGAAACAUUAAGAUAUAAACCACCAUCUUCUGUUGGUGUACCAAGAACUACUUCUCAAGAUAUUAUAAUUGGUGAUAAAUUCAUUCCAAAAGAUGCUCAAAUUUUUAUAAAUUAUUAUGGACUUUCAAGAAAUCAAGAUUAUUUUGAAAAUCCUGAACAAUUUGAACCAUCAAGAUUUAUGAAUCCAGAUACAAAUAUUGCAUUUUUACCAUUUAGUAUUGGUACAAGAAAUUGUGUUGGUCAAAAUUUUGCAUUAGAUGAAAUGUUUCUUGCAUUUUCAAAUAUAAUUUUAAAUUUUAAAUUUAGUUCAAUUGAUGGGAAACAAAUUGAUGAAACUGAAUUGUAUGGAGUUACAUUAAGAUGCAAGAAUAAAUUUAAUGUAUCCAUUAAAAAAAGAAUUUAA